AUGGAGUUCAUUGGGUGCUUUCUAGUUUUCAUCAUCAUCAUCAUGACUCUGUUCUACUUGGGCUUCAGAUCAUUUACAUCUUCUUCCUCUUCUUCUUCUUGUUCUUCUUCUUGUUCUUCUUCUACUUCUUCUGUUACUGCUGCUGAUAUUGAUAUCCCUCCUCUUCAAGAAAAGUAUGAUGUGUUCAUUAGUUUUAGAGGUAAGGAUACCCGCCGUACUUUUACCAGCCAUCUCUAUCAUGCUUUAUGUGGGAAGAAAAUCGAAACCUACAUAGAUUACAGGCUUGUGAGAGGAGAUGAAAUUGUGCCUGCCCUCCUCGAAGCAAUCAAGAGAUCAGCAAUUUCGGUAAUCAUUUUCUCAGAAAACUAUGCUUCUUCUACUUGGUGUCUGGAUGAACUUGUGCAUAUACUAGAAUGCAAGCAAAAAAAUGGCCAGUUGGUUAUACCCAUUUUUUACGACAUCAGUCCAUCAAAUGUACGGAAACAACAGGGAAGUUAUGCGCUUGCAUUUCGUCAUCUUGAAAAAUGUUUCAGGGAUAGUAUCGACAAGGUGCACAAGUGGAGGGCUGCAUUGACAGAAGCAGCCAGUCUAUCUGGGUUUGAUGAUUCAGAAAAAAAAGAGGAGAAAUCAGAACAAACGGAUGGACUGAAUCAGUUGCGAAAUAAACUUCUUGGUGAGAUAUUAAAGGAAAAAGAUCUAAACAUCGACACUCCUUCUAUACCACCUAUUACUCGAUAUAGGCUCAGCAGCACAAAGGCGCUCAUUGUUCUUGAUGAUGUGAAUGCUCCAAGCCAACUAGAAUUUCUUGUUGGUCAUCAUGAUCAGUUUUGCCAAGGAAGUCGAAUCAUUAUAACUGCUAGAGAUAAAGGCCUACUUGAGCAAAAAGUUGACCAUGAUAAGAUAUACAAGGUUGAGGGAUUAAGUUCCGAAGAAGCUCUUCAGCUCUUUCAUUCGCAUGCUUUCAGAAAUAAGUCUCUAACAGCAGAUUACACUGAGUUGUCAAGAAAGGUGGUAGAUUAUAUUGAAGGCAUUCCAUUAGCUCUUAAAGUUAUGGGGUCCUUAUUCCUUGGUUGCAAGAGCAAACAAGAGUGGGAAGAUCAACUGAAUAAAUUGAAACGAUUUCCAAGCGAAGAAAUCAAGAAAGCGUUGAGAGUAAGUUACGAUGGAUUAGAAGAAAAUGAGAAGGAGAUAUUUCUUGAUAUAGCAUGCUUUCAUAAAGGCUAUAUCAGGAAUUAUGUAAAAGAGUCAUUAGAUGGACGUGGUUUCUGUGGGGAAGUCGGAAUCAAAGUUCUCAUUGAUAGGUCUCUCAUAUCAAUUUCAAAAGGACGGAUAGAGAUGCAUGAUUUGGUGCAAGAAAUGGGUAGGGCAAUUGUUUGCGAACAACCUAUUGAAGAACGCAAUAGGUUGUUCACAGCAAGGGAUGUCUAUCAAGUAUUGAAUAACCAGAGAGCUGCAACUGUUCAAGCCAUAUCCUUUGACUGGUCUGAGAUUGAAAAUCUAAACUUGAAUGAUGCAGACUUUAGAAAGAUGUAUCAACUGAGAUGGCUACGUGUUGGUUAUUCUUGGUUUCUUGAGCACCACACAUUAAUUGGUUCUCUUGAUCUUCCCAAUUAUCUUAGUUAUCUUAACUGGGAGAGAUAUCCUUUGCAAUCCUUGCCAUCCAAAUUUUCUCCUGUAAAUCUUGUUGAGCUUCGUCUGCCAUACAGCCAAGUUACUGGGUCGCAACUUUGGAAUGAAGAGCAGAAGCUUAUCAACUUAAAAGUGAUCAGUCUUCGUUUCUGCGAAUAUCUAACUGAAGUUCCAAAUCUCUCUCGGAGUCUGAAAAUUGUACAUAUAGAUCUUCGUGGUUGUGUAAGUUUGGUUGAAAUUCCUUCGUAUUUUCAAACACUUGACAAGCUUACUUAUCUUGAACUUGGGGGCUGCACAAAUCUCAAAAAUCUUCCUGAGAUUCCAUGUAAUGUUGAAUUCUUAGAUUUAUCUAAGACAGCAAUAAAGGAAUUGCCAUCAACAGUUUGGUCUCACAAAAGAAUUACUUACUUUGAUAUUACAAAUUGUAAAUUCCUUGAGAGACUUCCAAGCCGCAGUUGUAAGCUGAAUGUCUCGGGUACUUUUAGUCUAGAGGGUUGCGUAUCUCUUUGCGAGUUUUCGGAGCUUCCCAGGAAUACAACAGUGCUAGAUUUGAGGGGCACAACAAUAAAAGAAUUGCCCUCAUCAAUUGAGUUUGUCUCUAGUCUCACUAUAAUUAAACUGGAAGCUUGCAAAAGCCUUGUGAGUCUCCCAACGAACAUUUGGAGGUUGAAAUCCCUCAAGAGCCUUGAUCUCAGUCACUGCUCUAAAUUUCAAUACUUCCCAGAAGUCUCGGAGCCCGUGGAACAUCUGGAGUCUCUAAAUUUAUCAGGUACAGCGGUUAAAGAGCUACCCCCAUCAAUUGGAAAUCUAGUUGCCCUUCGAAAAUUAGACCUCCACGUAUGCAAGAACCUUGAGGUUGUCCCAAACAGCAUCUACAAUUUGAGCAACCUUAAAACUCUCAUGUUUGAUGGAUGUUCAGAACUGAAGAAAUUGCCUCCUGUCUCAGUAGACUUAGUCAGUUUACUCUCUUUGGAAGCACUAAACCUUAGUUAUUGCAGUAUACAAGAAAUCCCUGAUGGUCUCGUUUGCUUAACCUCAUUACAAGAGUUAAAUCUGAACAAGGCCAAAAUUAAGAGCAUACCUGGAAGCAUCAAACAAGCAGCUGAGUUGUCUUGCCUGUGCCUAAGCGAUUGCAAGAACCUUGAAUCUUUACCAGAGCUCCCCCCAUUGCUACAACGUCUUGAAGCAGGUGGUUGCACGUCACUGAAGACAGUGUCAAGUUCAAGCACUGCACUCACACAAUGUUGGGACGAAUAUAGAUUUUCUCGAAGGCUUCAUGAGAAACAUAUAUUUUCUAGUUGCCCAAAUUUGGAUCAGAAUGCACGAAUCAACAUAAUGGCUGAUGCACAGCUCAGAAUUAUGCGAAUGGCAACUGCAUCAUCAAAGUUUAAAGAAGAAAAAAUUGAACGAGCAUCAUAUGAUUCAGAUGAUGAAUUUUUUAUGCAUGAUGUGAUUCAGGAAAGUUUUUGUGGGAGAUGUUUAGUUGCCCUUAAAUGUCCGGUGUAUGACAUUCCAAAUUGGUUCAGCCAUCAAAGUGAGGGAUCUUCAAUAAAUAUUCAGCUUCCUCCUGAUUGGUUUAGCACAGAUUUCUUGGGUUUCGCUCUAUCUCUUGUUGUUGCAUAUGCUCCAUUGUAUAUGAAGAUUAGAUGGAAGUACAGCUUCAAAGCUAGUAACGGGGAAAGCCAUGAAAUCAAAAAUAGUUUGUAUAAUCCUUAUCUGUUUGGAAGCAGUUUCCAAGAUUCUCAUGAGGUGUUUGUAUGGUGGUAUAAUGUCUUUGAAGUUGUAGAGGCAGCUCAAAUCCCCACUGCAUUUUACGAACUUGUUACUGAGGUCUAUGUUGACUUCAGCAUAGACAAAUAUUCCGCCUACAGACCCAUUCCGGAGAAGUGUGGGGUGUGUCUGUUGUAUGGCGAAGAUGCUGAGAUCAUAAAGCAGAGGGCUUUGUAG